AUGAGCGUUGAGUUGAAGGGCGAGAGCAUUGUUGGAGGCGAGCGAGUGAGCGUGGAGGUCAGGGAGGCGCUGGGAGAUGUCGGGCGGGGGCAAUCUCAGCCGCAGAUCUUGGAUCGAACGGUUAAGAGAAGCCGAUUUGCGAUCGAGCUCUUGGGC